AUGGAAGAACAAAUCACAGGAAACGCAUUUUACUACAUGCCUUACACAGCAAAGAUAGGAUUUAAUAAUAACAGCAAAGAUGAAAUGAGUGUCAAUGAUGUUUCAGAACAGAAGUGGCUUUUGUUUAUUGCUAAUGGAUAUUCGAGAUAUCAUGGCUACAUAAGUUUAGUGAUAUGCACCUAUGGCAUUAUUGCAAACAGUGAAUAUGGUUAUUUUAAAUAUGAAAGAGCUGCGUUCUCCCAAGUUGCUUACAGGCUCUUAGCCUCCAAGAUAACCUUAGCUUCUCAUAAUGCCAGUGUAUGGCUUGGAGUAUCCCUAACUUUUUACCGGUUUAUCCAGACUAAGAACAGACGUCAUAUCCAUCGAGCCACGCGAAACAUGCAGACAGUUGUAGUAGUGUCCAUUGCCCUGCUCAUCUCUGUUGUUUCAUCAUUCCCGAAUUUUCUCACAAACAACAUCGUGGAACAUACUUUAACCAGCAAUGAGACUAUCUACAUCAUAAAUGCUACCAUGCCUACCAGUGGUGGUUCUCGUAACAUUGUGGACACUAAUGGCCUAUUAUACGCCAUUGUAGAACUACCACAAGGAAUACUAGUUCUGAUGCGUGUCUUCGUCUCUGGACUGUACGAAAAUGUGUAUAUUCCGCUUGGAGACUUCUUUGACGCCAUUGCUUUACUUAACUGUACUGUAGACGUUAAUGACCAGCUGACAACUAUACCAUAUGACAAACGGGAUGACUUUAGCUUUUCCAUCGUCAACAUUCCACUGUCACUAUCCACUAUCACUUGUGCAGCUGUGUUGGCUGUGUAUGUCUCCUAG